AUGUGGUCAAUUAUAACUAGUGGGGACAGGAGUGGAACAGGUAAUGGCUUCGCUGUUGGGAUAUGGAUUGUUAAUCAAACCGAUCAAACCACCAUUGUUUGGACUGCGAAUCGUGACGACCCACCUGUCUCCUCAAUGGCCACUCUGGAGUUAACAACAGAAGGUUUGUCUCUCAGAGAUAAUAAGACCAUGAUCGAAUCAAAAGUCAAUGGUGCUGAAGACAGCAACAUUACUUCAGCUGCUUUACUUGACUCGGGAAGUUUUGUUCUUUACUCCAAUGAUUCUAUCAUUUGGGACAGCUUUGAUUAUCCAACUGACACCAUUUUAGGUGGUCAGAACCUCUCCUAUUCAGACAAUACUCAAUUAGUAUCUAGCGUUUCUACAACAAAUCAUUCAAGUGGAAAAUUUAGCCUCCUUUUGAAGUACGAUGGCAAUACAAACCUUGCUUUGUACCUUGUAAGCACCUCAGAUACCUAUUGGAUUCCUACAAGCCCUGGACGUAUCUAUGAUAGAUUGUCUCUCAAUUUUGAAGGUUCUCUCUUUCUGACUGGUUCAUCUACCUACGAAGAUAUGGUUUUUGCAAAUGGGUCUUCUUCUUCUUCUUCUUCUACUUCUUUAGCACAAGGAAACAGAGGAAAAAAUGGUAGUGUUAUCUACAGAGCAACGGUAGAUGACGAUGGAGUUUUUAGACUGUACUCUCAUCACAGUUAUAGCGUAUCACAUAAUAACGUUUUUACGUCAAAAGUUCAGGUUGAAUGGUCAGCUUUCAAGGACAAAUGCCGAGUUAAAGGUGUCUGUGGUUUGAACAGCUACUGUAGUGUACAAGAGAAGAAGGUGGACUGUUAUUGUUACCCUGGAUUCGCUUUCAUCAACCCUAUGCUAAGAUCCACUGGCUGCUACCGGAAAUUCACCAGAGAUGGCUGUAAAACAAGAAAAGAUGAUGGAGAACCGGCUUCGUCCAUGAUUAAUUCCUACAAUGUUACUCCUAUUGAGAAUAUGUUGUGGGAUGAUUCUGAUUCAUACUCUGACUUAUUAAUGGAGAAAAAGGCUUGCAGCUACUCUUGCCUGGCCGACUGUGACUGUUGGGCAGCGUUACAUACAGAGGGUCAUUGCCGAAAAUGUAAGCUGCCACUUAAGUAUGGUAGAUUGGAUCAAUCUAUGCCAGCCACAGCUUUCUUGAAGAUGGUUUCCUUGUUUAUAAGCGGAGAGUUCAUAGUUAUAACAAGCUCUUAA